GCCGGGACGAGUACGUGGCCACCUUCAAGGGCAACGAGUUCUUCUGCUACGACCUCUCGCACAACCCCAUCCAGAGCAGCACGGACGAGCUGACGCUGUCGUUCCGCACGGCGCAGCGCAACGGGCUGCUGCUGCACACGGGCAAGGCGGCCGACUACGUCAACCUCUCGCUCAAGAGCGGCGCCGUCUGGCUCGUCAUCAACCUGGGCUCGGGCGCCUUCGAGGCGCUGGUGGAGCCCGUCAAUGGCAAGUUCAAUGACAACGACUGGCACGACAUCCGCGUCACCCGCAACCUGCGGCAGCACGCAGGGAUCGGACACGCUAUGGUAAACAAACUGCAUUACCUG